AUGGCACAUCAACCCCAACAGCCUCCAAAAAGUCUCUGGGAUCGUGAACCAGCAGAUGUCGCAAAUAUGCCACCGGUCUACACUCAAGAAUACGAAUACAAGGCGCCAGCUCAACCUCAACCUACAUACGUAAUGAAUGAUGGAAAGGGUGGUCCGAGGGAAGUGGUAUAUGUUCAGCAACAAAAGGUCGAAAAAAAACAUAACAAAGGUGAUGUCGCUGUGGGAUGUUGUGCAGGAUGUGCGACAGCUUGCUGUUGUUGUGGUUGCAGCGUGAUGUGA